AAGAAAGAAGCCAUGUUUCUUCGGCCUUUGUCCUCUUCAUUCAUCAUCCUUCAUGUUGUUCCUCAUAAGCUCAAGACCAGAAAUGUCCUUCAUAAAUUUUGCGAGAUCAGAAGAAUUACACCAAUCUCCGGUUUCCGAACUACAUGUGCUGCUAUAUCUCUUCCUCUCUCUGAUGAUGAAUCCUACCAAGAAAACAAAACGCCUUUAAAGAGAAUCCGACCUAAUCAUCAAACUUUUAUAUGGCUUCUAGUGGGAUGUUUGAAGAAAAACGAGUCUUUGGAUGAAGUGAGAAAGCUACAUGCCCAGAUUUUGAAGCUGGGUUUUGGUAACAAUGCCUCCCUGUGUGAAAAGCUUCUUGAUUUUUACUUAUUCAAAGGAGACUUAGAUGUUUCUUUCAAGAUGUUUGAUGAAAUGCCUGAGAGAACAGUUUUUACAUGGAAUAAGAUGAUAAAGGAGCUAGCUUCUAGAAACUUGAGUGACAGAAUAUUGUGUCUCGUUUCGAGAAUGGUUAAUGAAAAUGUUACGCCUGAUGAAGGCACCUUCACGGGUGUUCUAGAGGCGUGUCGUUGUUGUACAGUUGCUUUUGAUGUAGUUGAGCAGAUUCAUGCGAGGAUGAUACAUCAGGGUUUGGAGGAUAGUACAAUUCUGUGUAAUCUUUUGAUUGAUUUGUACUCCAGAAACGGGUUUGUGGAUGUAGCUAGAAACGUUUUUGACAGAUUGGACAAGAAGGAUCACAGUUCUUGGGUUGCAAUGAUAUCUGGGCUAUCGAAAAAUGAUCUUGAAGCAGACGCCAUUAGAUUAUUCUGCGAUAUGUAUAAUUUAGGUAUCAUGCCAACACCUUACGCGUUUUCAAGUGUUUUAAGUGCGUGUAAGAAGAUAGAGUCUCUUGAGAUUGGCGAGCAGCUUCAUGGGCUCGUAUUGAAGUUGGGGUUUUCCUCUGACACUUAUGUUUGCAAUGCGCUUGUGUCCUUGUAUUUUCACUUGGGAAAUCUGAUAUCAGCAGAACACAUCUUCAGCAACAUGGCACAUAGAGAUGCGGUUACUUAUAACACUCUUAUCAACGGGCUUUCUCAGUGUGGUUUCGGUGAGAAAGCUAUGGAAUUGUUCAAAAGAAUGCAGCUUGAUGGACUUGAACCAGACUGCAAUACUCUUGCAAGUCUUGUGAUUGCUUGUUCAGCUGAUGGAAGUCUUUUUAGGGGACAACAGGUACAUGCAUACACAACGAAAAUUGGUUUUGCUUCAAAUAACAAGAUUGAAGGUGCGCUUCUAAAUCUGUAUGCAAAAUGCUCCGAUAUUGAAACCGCCCUUGAUUAUUUUCUUGAGACUGAGGUUGAAAAUGUAGUUCUGUGGAAUGUUAUGCUAGUUGCUUAUGGGCUAUUAGACGAUUUAAGAAACUCUUUUAGGAUAUUCAGGCAAAUGCAGAUGGAGGAAAUUGUUCCAAAUCAAUAUACCUACCCGAGUAUUUUGAAAACUUGCAUCCGUCUUGGUGAUCUUGAGCUUGGGGAACAAAUCCAUUGUCAAAUAGUGAAAACAAACUUUCAGCUCAAUGGCUAUGUUUGUAGUGUGCUCAUAGAUAUGUACUCAAAAUUAGGAAAGUUAGAUACUGCCAGGGAUAUCCUUGUAAGGUUUGCUGGGAAAGAUGUUGUGUCUUGGACGACAAUGAUUGCAGGUUACACGCAAUACAAUUUCAACGACAAGGCUUUAACAACUUUCAGGCAGAUGUUGGAUCUAGGGAUCCAGUCCGAUGAAGUUGGAUUAACAAAUGCAAUUAGUGCAUGUGCUGGUCUUCAAUCGCUAAAGGAAGGACAGCAAAUUCAGGCUAAAUCUUGUGUAUCUGGUUUUUCAUCUGACCUGCCUCUUCAAAAUGCACUUGUUACACUUUAUUCUAGAUGUGGAAAAACAGAGGAAGCAUAUUUAGCGUUUGAACAAACUGAAGCUGGAGACAAUGUAGCAUGGAAUGCUCUGGUAUCGGGAUUUCAGCAGAGCGGAAACAAUGAGGAAGCAUUUCGUGUCUUUGCUCGAAUGACCAGAGAAGGGAUUGACAGUAAUAAUUUCACGUUUGGGUCUGCUGUAAAAGCUGCUUCUGAGACAGCAAACAUGAAACAAGGGAAGCAGGUUCAUGCCGUGAUCACCAAAACCGGAUAUGAUUCAGAAACCGAAGUUGGUAAUGCUUUAAUCUCUAUGUAUGCCAAAUGUGGAUGCAUUUCUGAUGCAAAGAAGCGGUUCCUUGAACUCCCCACGAAAAACGAAGUUUCUUGGAAUGCGAUAAUUAAUGCUUAUUCUAAACAUGGGUUUGGUUCUGAAGCACUAGAUCUUUUUGACCAAAUGAUACAUUCUAAUAUAAGACCUAAUCAUGUGACACUUGUGGGAGUUCUAUCAGCAUGCAGCCACAUAGGACUUGUGGGCAAGGGGAUUGAAUACUUUGAAUCCAUGAACACAAAAUAUGGAUUAGUUCCUAAGCCGGAACACUAUGUGUGCGUAGUGGAUAUACUAACCCGAGCUGGUCUUUUGAGCCGUGCAAAGGAAUUUAUUCAGGAGAUGCCUAUUGAGCCUGAUGCGUUAGUCUGGAGAACGCUUUUGAGUGCUUGUGUGGUGCAUAAGAACUUGGAAAUCGGAGAGUUUGCUGCACGUCAUCUCGUAGAGUUAGAGCCUGAAGACUCGGCAACAUAUGUACUUCUGUCAAAUCUGUAUGCAGUGUGCAGGAAAUGGGAUGCUAGGGAUCAAACAAGACAGAAGAUGAAAGAAAAGGGUGUGAAGAAAGAGCCUGGACAAAGUUGGAUUGAAGUUAAAAACUCAAUCCACUCUUUCUAUGUUGGUGACCAGAAUCACCCGUUGGCAGAUGAAAUACAUGAAUAUUUCCAAGAUCUUACCAAACGAGCAUCUGAGAUCGGGUAUGUGCAAGACUGUUUCAGCCUCCUCAACGAGGCGCAGCAAGAGCAAAAAGAUCCGACAAUUUUCAUUCACAGCGAGAAACUAGCAAUUUCGUUUGGACUCCUUAGCUUGCCUGGAACAAUUCCUAUAAAUGUAAUGAAGAACCUACGAGUUUGCAACGAUUGUCAUGAUUGGAUAAAGUUUGUAUCCAAGGUAUCCAAUCGAGAAAUCAUAGUGAGAGAUGCAUACAGGUUUCAUCAUUUUGAAGGUGGUGCUUGUUCAUGUAAAGAUUACUGGUAAGAGCUAAAAUCUUGUAGCUCACUCGCCUCUGUCAGGACGAUUCAAGUCUCUGUUUCCUAAGUUGCGCCGAAGUUAAGGAGAAGACUAAUCUAUAUUCUUUGUGGUCAUCGUCUUGAGGAAGGAAGACUGAAGAU